AUGCUUAUUUUUAACUGUGGGGUGAAUGAAUGCAAGACCUGCUUGCAGAUUUUACACAGUCCAACCCUAUUUUCUCACAUAAGUUUCACUACUCAACAACCAGAGAGGACGGAAAGUGUAAUAAUAAUGCACUGGAAUUCUAGGUUCAUUGAGAUUAAUACGUCAAAAUCUCUAUUAAAUAUCAGAGAUGUGCCGGGUGCCACACAAUUCUUAACGUUAAGCUAUACAAUAUUCUCAACAACUUUGUAUGUUCUGAGACGAUCUACAUACAACAAGCUGGAAAAGAGCGAUGACAAUCUGGAGUUCAGUUCCAUCGUCUCCCCUAUACUACAAUUAAUUCCAGCAACACUGCUUAAGUAUCCAUACUCGAUUGUUUUAUCGAAUUUGAUCGAUGUCAAGAUUUGGAAAGCGAUAGCCAAUUUAGUUUUUUUACUUAUUGGCGGAUCUCACAUUGAAAGAAGUUGGAACAGCUCAAAAGAGCUAUUAAAGUUUGUCCUUAUAAUUGGAUCAUUGACCAACAUGUUAACAGUUACAAUUACUGCUACUUUGUCGCUCUUUUUCCCCGCCAUAGAUUUGAACUCACCAUUGGACGGAAACUAUACCAUGAUUAUUGGAUUCCCAAUAAUACUCAAACAACUGUAUCCAGAGACCACGAUAUUCCGACUGAAAAAUUUGGGAUAUUUUUCCAAAAAUUUUAGGUUUAAGCUUUUACCUAUAUUCAUUAUGUUCAUCUUGACAUUUUCGCAACUGUUUGUCUUUCACCACUUUGCGCAACUGCUGUCUAUUUGGAUAACUUUUUUCUCAUCCUGGACAUACUUAAGGUUUUACCAGGUUUUGCAGAUUAAUUUUGAGAAUACCGGAGACUGCCUCCUCGGUGACGCUUCAGACACUUUUCAACUAAUUUAUUUUUUCCCAGAUCUUAUCAAACCGGUAUUGAGACCAAUUUUCGAUUUUACAUACAACAUUCUAUCUGUCAGACUCAAAAUUGUACGAUCAUUUGAAAUUGACGACAUCGACAGAGGUAACAGCGUUGCUGAGCAUAGAGGUGCCAAAAAAAUUACGAAUACAACUGAAGAGAGACGCAAACAACUUGCACUUCAAAUUCUUCAAGAGCGAAUGGUUGAGCCAUAA